UUUUAUCUCUCGAAGUAAAAAAAUCUGACGAAAAGGAAACUCCUCUGUCUGCUGAAAAUAAGGAAGGAGCGGCGAGUCCUCAAUCAUGUCCAUCAGAAAAAGCGUUUUAUUUUAGUUUACUGGUUCCCAAUCCGAGUGGUUCGCUAACCAUUUUGCGAGGUUAUUUGCGUAAUGAAAAAUCCGGUCGGCAAGUAUUAAUAAAAGCCCUAGAACUUACCAAAUUAGAUAUAAGUUUUGCUGAUAUUGAUAAGGAAACUGCUAACCAAGCGCGAUUAUUAGGAAGAAUAUUUACUGAUUUUAAAACGGGAGAAGACAGUGACAACCCCGAAUUAUUGACUUUUAAAAUUGCUGAUUCCCGAGAAGGUAAUGCUUUCUUUUGUCGCACCCAAGGGGAAUUGGCUUCCGAAGUCAGUAGUAAGUUGCAAAAAGGUGACAUUAUUUUGCUCGAAGGAUUUUUGCAAACCAAAAAGUUAGUGGAAGGAGAAAAUAUUUCCCGUAUUUCUUCGAUUAUUUGUCAAGCCUUUACUUUGUUGGAUAGUGACUCCGUAAAUAUUUUUAAUCCCUUGGAUAAAUUAAACCGCGUAGCCAAAGAAGCGGGUAUUGAGUAUAUUGAUUAUAAAGAUACUGCUACUUUACGCAAGUUUAUUAAUCGCCAAGGACGAAUUACCCAACGCACUUAUACGCAAUUAACUGCUAAAAACCAGCGACGAGUAGCCCAAGCCAUUAAAAGAGCCCGCCAAAUGGCCCUUUUGCCUUAUAUGAUAGAAGCAGUGUUGUUGGCUAAUGAAAAAAAUCUGGCUUGGUUAACCAAGCAAAAAAAGAAAGAAGGAGAAAAAAACCUAUUAUUAGCAGCCCAAGCCCAAACAAUAUAUCAAAAAAUUAAUAAUUUCACCUUGGCUUUUACGCUGAAAAAAGACGAAAAUAAUAAGCCGUUCGGUUCUGUAGGCUUUAAAGAGAUUUUAACGGAGUUAGAAAAAAUUGGAUUUCCUUGUGAGAAAACCCGUCGCUCCACCAGAAAAAGAAGAAGCAGCAUAAUUAAAGGCACCGCAGUUAGACCCCGUGUAGUUUUAAGUGAGUCUAAUCGUUAUUUACGAGUUCAGGCCAUAGACGACACAAUUGGCAAUACUCUUUGCUCUUCUUCCACAGCCGAUUUGGGCGAAGAAAUUACUAAUUAUUCACGCAAAAAUAAAAAUUAUGCUCAGCAACUAGGAAAAACUUUUGCCGAGCAACUAAAAAAAUCGGGUAAAGAAAAUAUUGUCUUUGACCGCAAUGCUCGUCCUUAUCAUGAAAAAAGACCUCCUCGUUCCUCUUUACAAAGCGAAACCUUAGAAACCAAAAGAGUAGUAAAAGUAACCAAAGGUGGUCGUCGAUUCAGUUUUACUGUUUUAACUUUAGUAAAAGACGAAAACAAAAAAGCCGUGGCUUUUGCCCACACGGGCGGUAAAGAAAUGAUUAUUGCUCUGCGUAAAUCUUCCCGCCAGGCUCAAAAAAAAUUAAUAACUUAUUUUUCUGUUCCGCCGCGCACUAUUUCCCGAGAUAUAAUGGUUAACUAUAAAGCCACUAAAAUCUUUUUAAAACCGGCGGCACCAGGCAGUGGCAUUAAAGCCGGCGGAGUGCUGAAUAAAUUAUUUAAAUACUUAGAAAUUAAAGACGUCAGUGCCAAAAUAAUUGGUUCCCGGAGCAAUAAACUAAAUGUUAUUCGAGCCGCUUUUUUGGCGUUGGAUAAAUUAACUGGAAAAAAAACUAAACGAGUAGGGCGGGGCAUUGGUUCGGGUCGUGGCAAAACAGCAGGACGAGGGACCAAAGGACAAGGAGCCCGCAAAAGUGGUAAUAUCCACCCCGGUUUUGAAGGAGGACAGACCCCCGUUUUUCGGCGUUUUCCCAAGCGGGGCGGAGGCUUUAAAAACAAAAAAACCUUUUAUCAGAUAAUUAAUUUAGGAAAAUUAGAACAAAACCCCCAGAUAACUGACGGACAAGUAAUCGAUUUUUCCCAGAAAAAAUUGCCCGUUAAAGUUUUGGGAGAAGGAGAGUUUACUAAAAAAUUAGUUAUUAAAGCUGCCGCUUUUUCCCAAGCCGCCCAAGACAAAAUUAGCCAAAGAGGCGGCGAGUUCACCAUAAUAAAACGCACCGCUUAA